AUGCAUCAGCAACCCACAGAGAAACAUCUUGACAAGAGAAAAGUUCUCGACUUGUAUUUUACUCUAAAUUCUGAACGUCUCAUUGAACGACAAGAGCUUGAGAGGUAUCUUAGUAGUCGAGCAGGUUCAAAGUUAAAAGAUUCCGAAGAAGACCUUGAAAAUACUGAGCUAGCUGUUGAUAACAAGAAGGAGGUUUUUACCAUGUUUUUAGCCAUGAAAGCAUAUUAUGAACAACAAAUGGGGCUGGAAGGUGCUGAAGAAACGUUUAAAAAGGCUCAUGAAGCGCUUUCCAAAAUGUUCAACAAACAUUCGAAUUUUUAUGUGGCCUGUACAUAUGCAUUCAUGGCUGGAUACGAAUCUGCAUGUGGACGACUCAAAAUGGCAAAAUUUUAUUUACACUUUUUGAAUUUUUAUUUUGAUGAGAUGUCAGACGAGGAAAAACAAAACCUUUCAAUUUAUCAAAAAAAUUUGAAAAAACACCAACAAUUCAUCACACUCGGUUGUAAAAACGAUUCAAGUAUUAUGACUCUCAUACGAGAUUGGUUAGAAGUUUAUGAAACAUUUUUAGGAAUUUCUUUUCCUACAGAAUGGAAAACUUUUGUCACGCAACAUUUAAACAUCCAUAACUAUCUACUAAUAAUUAAGAUUAUUGAAUCCAUGGAACAACUAGGACGAAUUCACGUGAGUAAAUCCGGUGAUGGAACAAUGCUCACAAUAUUUAACGACGCCGCGACGUUUGUCGUCAAUGGAAUUAAAAUUGGAAUUCUUAGUGCUGUAGGAUGUGGAAGAGACAUGAUUGAGGAAAGUGCGUUCAAGAUUACACAGGGCACGGAAUCGAAUUUCUUUAAUUUGUUACCUCCAUUUAUUGUACCUCAUCUUGUUGCAGCUACCAAAGUUCACAUGCAUAUUGUAAAGUCCAUUGAACGAGGUGAAAGAAACAUGACCAGCUCUCCGAAUAAUGGAAAUUCCACAUUAACAUCCAUUGAUUACUAUGAUAUUUUGUCGAAAGACUUGAGAGGUUUACGAUUGUUAGGAAAACGAUUUAAAAAGGUUGUACUUCAGAACAAAAAAUUGUUGGAUGAAGUAGAAGAAAUUCUUCAAAGAAAACAACUAUUUGCGACGUUGAGAUUAGCUACUCAAACCUUUGCUGACCAAUCCACACAAUUAUUACAACACCAUCAUCAACCAUUGGUCGCUGAUAAUUCUAUUCAAUCUGGAGCAGUACAGGCGUCAACGAAUUAUAAUAAUCUCGAAAAUCACUUUGCAUCUCAACACCACAUGGACUUCUCUGCUUUGGGAAACAUGGCAUCAGCAAAAGACUUUUUCAAAUUCAUUUCUAACCAAGCUCAACAACUGAACUUUCACUCCACUCCUCAGGAGCAACAGCCUCAAAACAUGACGACCACGAGUUAUCAAGACUUGUUGAAUGGUAUUUUUCAGUCGUCAUCAACGACUCCCAUAUCCAACGUCAAUGGCUUCAACAUGCACGAAAAUCAAACAAAUGAUUCAUUUGAACCAUUCCUAGAUUUAGAAGAUAUUCAACAGUUAUACGGAACUACCUAUAAUGAUAAUGAUAAUUUACCUGAUUAUUCAUCAUUCUUGAAUAAUAACUAA